UUUUUUUUUUCUUAAAAAAAAACAACAUGGAAGAUAAUUUUGAUAGUUACUCUAUUAUAAAUGAUCCCCGACUUUCAACACAUUCCGCAAUAAAGAAAAGUGAUCCUGAGGAGGAGGGCUUAAUUAAAUUACUAUUUUCUAAAUCCAAAGUUUAUGUUCAUCCUUCAAAUAAUCCUAACGAUUUCAUUCCAGGCUACUUAUCCAUUAUAGAAAAAAAGCCUCAAAGUUACCUGGUUGCAUGGACACCAGAAGCACUGAUUCCAUCUAAAGACAAAGAUGCAUUUGUUCGAGUUGAUGUCAACCCCAAUGACAUUGGAAAUAUUGAAUCAUCUGUCUUAGUUUCAUCAGAUUCAGAGCAGUUUACUUCAUACGCUGUAUCUGUACCAACAUAUGCAAUUCAUUCAUUUCUUAUUAAAGCCCCGUCAUUUUCGAAAUGGUAUGGUAGUAUUGUAAUCAAUUUCAAAGAUGGUCACAGUUCUGGACCCUUUUGGUUCCAUGAUGAUGAAAGCAAGAGUACGAUGCUUCAGAGGAAUACUCAAGGUGGAAAAUUUACUUCGAAUGAUAGAAAUCUAGUUUGUUGGGGUGGUGAUGAGUUUCUUGAAAGAUUAAGUCAAAUUAUCCAAAUCAGAAAGUCAAAUGAUAAUGAAAACCUUUAUUUAAUGGAGGAUGUUCAUGUUAAAGGAAAAGUAACAUCAACAGUCUUAUAUGAGGAAAAACAUAAAGAAGAAGCUAAACCUACUAUAAAUGAUUCAACAUCGCCAUCGUCAUCAUCUAACGCUGCAAAAAAACAAAAUUUUACCCUAUUUGAAUCUACGCAAAUGGAUCCAUUUGUUGCUACUUUAAAAGAGGCACGUUGGAAUAUAUUGGAAAAAUUAUCGAGGGUGACUAAAUUCUCUAGAGAUGCUGCAAUCAGUUUCCUUAAUAAUUCUACAUCACAACCUCUAGUAUCUUUACUUCCUUCAGGUGUCCAAGAACUGUGUGAUAAUGAAACAGUAAAGAGAACUAUUGAUGAUUAUGAUUCAGCUCGUAUCUUUUUAGCUAAAUGGGCAGCUGGUUUAGCAGCUCAAUCAGAAAAUUCAGUACCUCAAGAUAGAAAAUAUCGAAAUGCAGGUGUUUGGGGACAUGAUGGUUGGGAGGAAGAAACUGCACUUGGUGUCUUUGAGGUUUUAAACUCAGAAAAUGAUUUUUCUAUUCCUACUCACACGAGAACGAAGCCUGUAACUGAAGCAGAAUGGAGCUCCUUUUUUGAUAAGAAUGGUAAAUUAACUACAGAUGAAUCGAUUGUAAAAAGAAAAAUAUUUUGUGGAGGUCUAGAGCCAAGUAUUAGAAAAGAAGCAUGGUUAUUUUUGACAGGCGUAUAUCCCUGGACUUCCACUGCUGUUGAGCGGUAUCAAAUUGAUAAGGAGAAAAGGGAGUCAUAUAAAACUUUGAAAGCUAAAUGGGAAGAUGAUGCAGAAUAUAGGAAUACAAAUAUAUUUAAGGAUCAAAAACAUAGAAUAGACAAAGAUGUGCAUCGUACAGAUCGAACUGUGGAUAUUUAUGUUGAUGAAAGCUUGCCAAAUCCAGACCCAUUGAUGAAUAUUGGAACAAACGAAAACCUUGAGAUACUCAAAAGUAUUUUAUGCACCUAUAAUAUAUAUAACACAAAGUUAGGCUACGUACAAGGUAUGUCAGAUUUAUUAUCUCCCCUUUAUGCAGUCAUUAGUGAGGAGCCACUCGCUUUCUGGUCCUUUGUUGGCUUUAUGGAACGCAUGAAGUCAAAUUUCUAUGCUGAUCAGUCUGGAAUGCACAAACAGUUAUUCACUUUAGAUCUUCUACUUCAAUUUAUGGACCCCGCAUUAUAUAAGCAUUUCCAACGUACAGAUAGUUGCAAUUUCUUCUUUUGUUUUAGAUGGUUAUUAGUUUGGUAUAAACGCGAGUUUCCAUGGUUAGACACAUUGCUUCUAUGGGAGGUUCUUUGGACUGAUUACUUAACAGAUAAAUUUCAUUUAUUUAUUGCAUUAUCCAUCCUAGAUCAGCAUCGUGAUGUAAUUAUUGAAUAUUUGAAAAAUUUUGACGAGAUUUUGAAAUAUAUCAAUGAUUUAUCAAUGACAAUUAAUUUACAAGAAACACUACAACGUGCAGAGAUUCUUUAUCAUCAAUUCAAACAAUGCGUUGAAGCUGUUGAUAAUAAGAAGAGCAAGUUGCAAGCAUUAUUAUCAAUAGAUGAUAAACAUAAUGACGAUAGCUUAACGAAAACACAAAGAGAAGAAAUCAAAAAUGAUCUCAGUAAAUUGCCAAUUAUUAAUGAGCUAUUACGCGAUAUAUUGAAGCCAUCCUAUACAAUUAUAAAUAAUGAAAAGCCAUAAAUCUAUUGAAAAAAUAGCGUAUUUGUUGUAUUUAUCGGAAUGAGGGAAAGGGGCGGAGGGGGGCGAUAGUUUCUUUUAUUAUUGAAUUAGUAAUAACUAUUCCAUAAAUAAAAAGAAAAAAUUAUUAUUAUUAUUUUCUUUU